AUGGAUGUUCAUCAGAACUGUGACACAACCACCUGGCUCGUCGAUGACUCAAGAGAACGAGCAGCAGUUGAGCUGGUUGCUCUUGGACAAGUAAAGAAUAAGAUCAAUACAGACAGACUGAGUCUUACAAAGAACUGUUCUCUGCUUUUAAAGAAAGCUACAGCUGAAGAUGCUGGUGAUUACACCUGCAGACAGUAUAUAUCAGGGAAACAAGUUCAAGAUGCUCGGGUUUAUCUGUCUACAACAACAACAACAACAACAACAACAACAACAACAACAACAACAACAACAACAACUGUGUGUAAUGAUGAAGAUGAUGGACUUUGA